AGCAGCUUUUAACUUCCUCCCAUUCCUUUUCCAAAUUGUGAAGCAGGAUAACAAGCAAAGAGGAGGACUUGCCGCUUUAAGAGCUCGGCUAGCGAUUGACAAGCAAUAAACGCUGAGCGCCCGGCUGCGCUGGAGUCGCCCGGAGCUAGGGGCUCCCCGGGGCGCAGGAGAAACAUUUCAGAGCCCUUGCUGAUCUCACCAUGCCAGUUGCUGCCACCAACUCUGAGUCUGCCAUGCAGCAAGUCUUGGACAACCUAGGAUCUCUCCCCAAUGCCACGGGGGCUGCGGAGCUGGACUUGAUCUUCCUUCGAGGCAUUAUGGAAAGUCCCAUAGUCAGAUCCCUGGCCAAGGCCCAUGAGAGGUUGGAGGAGACAAAGCUGGAAGCCGUGAGGGACAACAACCUGGAACUGGUUCAGGAGAUCCUGCGGGACCUGGCGCAGCUGGCAGAGCAGAGCAGCACAGCCGCAGAGCUGGCGCGCAUCCUUCAGGAGCCCCACUUCCAGUCCCUCCUGGAGACGCAUGACUCAGUAGCCUCAAAGACCUAUGAGACACCACCUCCUAGCCCUGGCUUGGACCCUACGUUCAGCAACCAGCCGGUCCCUCCUGAUGCCGUGCGUAUGGUGGGCAUCCGCAAGACUGCAGGAGAGCAUCUGGGCGUGACAUUCCGUGUGGAAGGUGGCGAGUUGGUGAUCGCUCGCAUUCUGCACGGGGGCAUGGUGGCCCAACAAGGCCUGCUGCAUGUGGGUGACAUAAUCAAGGAGGUGAAUGGGCAGCCAGUGGGCAGUGACCCCCGCGCACUGCAGGAGCUUCUCCGCAGCGCCAGCGGCAGCGUCAUCCUCAAGAUUCUGCCCAGUUACCAGGAGCCCCAUCUACCCCGCCAGGUAUUUGUGAAAUGCCACUUUGACUAUGACCCGGCCCGAGACAGCCUCAUCCCCUGCAAGGAGGCAGGCCUUCGUUUCAACGCCGGGGAUUUGCUUCAGAUCGUAAACCAGGACGACGCCAACUGGUGGCAGGCAUGCCACGUGGAAGGGGGCAGUGCCGGCCUCAUCCCCAGUCAGCUGCUGGAGGAGAAGCGGAAAGCAUUUGUCAAGCGGGACCUGGAGCUGACACCCACCUCAGGGACCCUGUGCGGCAGCCUUUCAGGAAAGAAAAAGAAGCGAAUGAUGUAUUUGACCACCAAGAAUGCAGAGUUUGACCGCCAUGAGCUGCUCAUUUAUGAGGAGGUGGCCCGCAUGCCCCCGUUCCGCCGGAAAACCCUGGUGCUGAUUGGGGCUCAGGGUGUGGGCCGGCGCAGCCUGAAGAACAAGCUCAUCAUGUGGGAUCCAGAUCGCUAUGGCACCACAGUGCCCUACACAUCCCGAAGGCCAAAGGACUCAGAGCGGGAAGGCCAGGGCUACAGCUUUGUGUCCCGCGGGGAAAUGGAAGCCGACAUCCGUGCAGGGCGUUACCUGGAACAUGGAGAGUAUGAGGGCAACCUGUAUGGCACACGAAUCGACUCCAUCCAGGGGGUGGUCGCCACCGGCAAGGUGUGCGUGCUGGAUGUCAACCCCCAGGCAGUGAAGGUGCUGAGGACAGCUGAGUUUGUCCCUUACGUAGUAUUCAUUGAGGCUCCUGACUUUGAGACCCUGCGGGCCAUGAACCGGGCCGCGUUGGAGAGUGGAGUGUCCACCAAGCAGCUCACGGAGGCAGACUUGAGACGGACGGUGGAGGAGAGCAGCCGCAUCCAGAGGGGAUAUGGCCACUACUUUGACCUCAGCUUGGUCAACAGUAACCUGGAAAGGACCUUCCGGGAGCUCCAGGCUGCCAUGGAGAAGCUGCGCACGGAGCCCCAGUGGGUGCCUGUCAGCUGGGUGUACUGAACCUCCACCUGGACCUUGUUCCCCCUGAGCUGUGACCCAGAACCUAAAACCACCCCUUCCCCACCUAUGACCCCCAGCCACGAUCCUCAGCUCCCGUCCUUGGUCUCUGGCUUUCCCCAGAUAACAGCUCCCAGCGGGCCCUGAGCCUGGCUUCAGCACAGAGGCGAGCACUGCCAGGGAGGUGGGUGUUCAUGGGGCACCUCUGUGCCCAGGUGCUGCCCACUCCCAAUGUCCAUUGGCCACCAGAUAUCUCUCUCUAGGGACCAAGCUGUGCCCAGGAGUGUGUUAGAGCAACCUCCAUAUUGCUUAGUCUAGAGAAUAGAAAAGUCGUUUGGAACCAGUUGGCCGUAGGUACAUUGCCCCCUGUCACCCCUGGGCACCUUUGCUCCUCUGGUCUAGUCACACCUCUCCUAUUCUUGGGCUUCUCCCACUUCUCACCCCUAGUCCUCGGAGCAGGCCUGGGGCUGUUCCCAAGUGGCCAGGGGAGCCACCGACAGCCAGGCAGGCCUGGGCAGUGGUGCCAGUCGGGGCCAUCGUGGAGGCUGGAGGAGCCAAAAUGUGAGCCAGUGGCCGCAGCUGGGCCACACAACUCUCAGCUCCCUUAGAAAAGGGCAGGGUCCCAGGAGGGGAUGCUGCCCUGUCCCUCCCUCAUCCACAGCUUCUCACUGCCGAGGUCUCUCCACAGACUUCUCCAACGUCCUCCUGGCAGGUCAGCCCUGCUCCCCAAAGUGCAAGGCUGGCAGGGGCCGCAGGCUCAGCCCAGAUUGCAGGGGAGGGGUUGGUGAAGGACUGAACCCCGUGACAAGGAGCCUGCUCUACUCCCCGUGGCCCAUGGCAGGGACACAUUGUGAUCACUGUCCACAACCUCUUCCCAUUUUGGUCUCUUUCUGGCUGGGCCCAGAUGGCCCAUCGCAUCAGGCUUGCCUGGGUUGCGGGGCUGAGGAGGGGCUGUGAGCACAGGCUUGGCCAAGGACCGGUGGCUCUAGCAGCUCCCCAGGAGUGCCAUUCCCACUCUGGUCUGUGCAGCCUGUCAUUCCACAUGCUGCGGUGGGUGCCUGCUCUGUAUCUCUGGCCCUGGUGUGUAUGAGUGUGAGGCUUGGUUUGGGGGGAGGGGAGGCAAAGGGUUCUUUUUUUU